UUAGGUCAUUCUUUCAGUUAUCUGCACCGCCACUGGUGUCCUCAUUGCAGCACUUGGAGAUUUUUCCUUUGACCUAUAUGGAUACUGCAUGGCUCUAACAUCAGUCUUCUUCCAGACUAUGUAUUUGAUUCUGGUGGAGAAAUCAGGUGCUGAGGAUGGUCUUUCCUCAGUGGACUUGAUGUUUUACAACAGCAUAUUGUCACUUCCAUUUCUGUUUUUCCUCAUUAUAGCAACAGGAGAAUUCCCCCAUUCUCUUACAGUAUUAUCUGCAAAGGCAGCCUCUCUGAUGUUCGGUGUCAUUCUCGUUAUCUCGCUGGUGAUGGGAAUCGUUCUCAAUUUCACUAUGUUUUGGUGCACAAUUGUGAACUCUGCUCUGACUACAACAAUAGUAGGAGUUCUCAAGGGUGUCGGAUCAACAACCCUCGGUUUCGAUCUGUUGGGAGGUGUCGAAGUACUUGCUCUGAAUGUUACUGGACUGGUGAUCAACACAUUUGGCGGCUUAUGGGCACCAUGGCCAUGGGACCACCACACCGCCGUAGGCCUCUGCUUUUUCGCCGCCGUCACACCCCCUAUUGUGGGCUGA